GUUGUUACCAACUAAUCAUGUUACCCAUUUCCAGAUUCAAAAAGGCGUGGUUGUUGCAACGCUCUUGAUGCCUUUCUGCAGAAUAGGGUUGAGAAUAUGCGAAACAAUGCUUCUCCGUUUGGUUCCUGUCACCAGGGUGUUCACGGACAUAGUCCUCAAUCACAAUCCACUAUGUCUCAAUCAGGAGUCACGAAGAAGCGUCGCGGUCCAAAUGACUUAUUAUUCAGGAAGAGUGAUUCUGGUACAAUGGCUAAUCAGAACAAGGAAAACCAAACGCCUGACACAGGCGUUCAACGUAGAGGACGUGGUCUCAGUAUUGAAAAUCAAAUAAGAUCAGGUAUUUGCAAGACCACUGGUCGCAAUGCAAUGCACGAUAUAUCAAACACCCCACUGGAAACACAGACCCGGUCUACUGCAGUCCAUUGUGAUUCAAGUGACAAUGCCAUGAAUGGUACUGUAUCUAAACGCAAAGGUCGUGGUCUCAGUAUUGAAAAACAAAUACAUUUAGCUGCGACAACUAACCAGCAUAUAUAACAUAUUGAACGGGAAACAAGCAUCCUCAAGCCAUUAUCGUGAGAAAAUACAAACCAUCACUGAGUUUAACGCUCACCCGCGAUUAUUUUGAUAUAUUGACACAGAUUGCGCAGGACAGAGAAUUGGUGAGUCGAGUACCAUGACCAACAAAGAACAAAUAUUCAGUAAUACCAUGAAUUCGAUGUACCGUGUAGAAUCUCAACCCAUGUCUGGAUUGACCAGUACAGGUACAAAUCGUGCGAUGACUUUCAGUGACCGCUAUACUCCUUCUGGUGUUAAAAACCUUAUGGAGGUGUUCAAUGAAGAAGAUGAUCAAGUUCCUUUCAAUGUACCCACUGAUUAUAAUCACGAUGUACCUAUCAAUAACAGUAAUGUAAUUGACCUAUGGGAGGGAUACCUAUCCUUAGGAGCCCCGUCCGUGGUGUGUGCCAGUUGCUCCGCUCUCAUGUGGAAUAAUGAGCGUAACAACAAAUCAACCGAGCCUCUGCGCUCACUGCUCUCUAAUGGAGAAAAAUCAAUAUUCUCUAUUCAUUACACCAUAAUAUAUGUAAAUUACAUAAAAACCUGCAAUGGAAUAAUGUGGAAUGGGUCUGUUAGGCUACCGUCUGAGGAGAUGGCACCCGAGCCUCUGCGCUCACUGCUCUCUAAUGGAGAAUAAUCAAUCCAUUUCAGGAACAAUAUUCGCGUAUACAACAGCAUGUUUGCUAUGUGUUCCAGCGGCGACAAAGUUGAUCAUAAGAUAAACACCGGUGGUGCUCCAUAUUGUUUUCAAA